AUGGCUUCGAAGAUUUUGGCAAAAAUAUUUUUGCAGGAAUGUGACCAUCAGGGAAUGAAACCAAUUCAUUUGGCGUCUGUGUGUGGCAACGACCAAGCGGUUAAACUUUUAUUAGAACAAACACCGACAGAGCUUUUAGCAAAAAACAGAUGGAAAGAAAAUGCCCUGCACAUGGCUGCGGCAGAGGGACACGAACAAGUCGUAUUCCGACUACUUGAAAAAGCUGAAAAAAUUCCCACCGAUCUGAAGGUCUUGCUAAGCACAGAGAAUCAAAACGGUGCCACUCCUUUGCACCAUGCAGUAUAUGGAGGGAGUAUAAACAUCGUAUAUAAGUUGGUUGAAAAAUGUCGAGAUUACCCGAAGAUGUUGAAUGCGACGCAACGAAAUUUGAUGACGCCGUUGCAUUUAGCGUGCAUUGUUGGAAAACUUGAUAUAGUAAAACACCUGGUCGAAAACGGAGCGAAAUUGAUGAACAAUGGGAAAGUGGAAGGAGCAAACAAAGAGGCACAAAAUAAAAAAGGUUAUACAGCUUUACUGUCGGCUGCAAAAUAUGGCAAGUAUGAUGCUGUGCUCUUGCUACUGGAACAUAAAGUCAAUAUUAAAGUUCGCGCAAACGAUCAUUGUAACAUUAUUCAUGUAUGCGCUGAGAGAAAUAACUUGGAAGUUCUGAAAAAGCUAAGAGAAAAGAACAUUUUGCUAGAGUCCAUGGUGAAUAUUCCAGAUUUGGACAGAAACACGCCAUUGCACAUUGCAGCCAAAAAUGGUUAUUUAGAGUUUACGGAGAAACAACGAAAACCAAACUCCAUUAGAUUGCUGUGCUCAAAAUGGUCAGAAAAGGGCGCUGAAAUAUUGAUAGAUUCUGGCGCACCCGUGAAUAUGCUGAAAUUUAACAAUUAUGCCAAUUCGGGGAUGGCUCCACUACAUUGGGCAUGCAAAGGAGGCCACGUGGAUAUGGUUAAGCUGUUACUCGACAAAGGAGCAGAAGCAACUGAAAUAGAAGAUGGUCGGAACGCUUUGGAUGUUGCAGCGGAUAAUCGCAACAACGACUGCGCAAUGGAAAUCAUAAAUAGGAAAGAUUGGAUGGAGGUUUUAAAAUUUAAAACUAAAUCAGGAGGAGAUGAAGAAAAAACGACAACUAUGCGCAGACUCAUCAUGAAUCUUCCAAUUGUUGCAAAACAAGUUUUCAACAAAUGCUGUAAACAAGAGAUAAAGAUCGACUCUGAAAGAAGGACUUCCAGUAAUUAUGAUUCAGAAAUAGCACCUAUUCGUUCAAAUGGAACAUGCGAAGUCAUUUCUGAAGCUCAACAAGAAUGGGGCGAUUCGUGUGAUUUCAAGCAUGGCGAGUGGAUUGCUGGUUAUAUAGCAAUUGGUGCUGCAAUUCUCAACCUAAUAAAAGAGUUUGUCCAAAUGUACGGAGGCCAGAGGGCUUACUUCCGUGAUCCCACAAACUGGAUCGAGCUCUCUCUUUACGGAUCUGCCAUAGCUGCUGCCUGUCCAUUCACGGAAUAUACUCAAACUUAUGGAAUUCUAGAGGGAUGGCAAUGGCAACUCGGGUCAAUCACCAUUUUCCUCUCUUGGAUGGAACUGUUGCUGUUUGUGGAAAACAUCCCGAAAUUCAAACUUGGAAUUUAUGUCAUAAUGUUUACAAAUAUUUUGAAAACAUUUCUGAAGUUUUCGAUUGUUCUAUUCGUCUUCGUGUGUGCGUUUGGUUUCAGUUUCCAUGUUCUUUUCCAGAAUCAGAUUGCGUUUACUAAUCUAUGGAAAUCGAUCGUCAGAACAUUAGUUAUUAUGAUUGGUGAAAUUGAUUUUGAUUCAAUGUUUAAUGCGGAGCAAACUAGUCCAGCAUAUUCAGAUCAGGUCUACUACGAAGUGGUGUCUUACAUUGUUUUUGUAGCAUCCCUGAUCAUUAUGAGUAUCAUUGUGAUGAAUAUGUUGGUCGGCUUAGCAGUGGAUGACAUUAAAGAAGUUCAGAAAAAGGCUGAAUUGGAAUCGAGGGCACGUCACACAAAACUUGUGCUAGAAACACAAUCUAAGCUUCCAAAGCAAUGGAUAAAAAGAUUCAUUCCAAAUGAAGGCAAAAUCGAAGUGAAGCACAACGAACAAAAAGAGCUGACUCAGAUUGUAGAAAAAACAAGCAAUGAUGCUGUCAAAAGUCAGAUGCACAAUUUGCGCUUGCGAAUAUAUGAUGUCAACAAGCGUGCUCAAAGAAUAGAAUCCAUGAUGAAACUAAAUAUUGGAAACAAUACUUAUGAGUCAGAUGAUGACAAUGACGAUCUUGAUCUAUAAAAAGUCUUAUUCUAGGCCGCACAUUGCUUUAUAAAGAUGAGAAAUGAGUUGCCGGAUUAUACCUUAAUUGAGUGAAUUACUCGUUUUGUGAACACAUUUGCCUGAAUGAUUAUAUAAGUUUGUAUUUUUGUAGAAAACAUUGAAACAAAGCUAACUUAAAAAUUUGUUUUAUCAAAGUUUAUAUGUUUGUUGUAAUUAAUUGCAAGUGUUGUGCUGCUGUAAAUUUACUUUGCUAUAUUAGAUUCUAUUCUUGAUUUGCUAUAUAGAUGAUGCUUGCUUAUUAAUAAUCAUUGUACAGGUGAUUUGGUGUGGUAACUUUGUUAUAAUAGAAUUAGAUUCUAUAGGAAAUUUGACUUUUGUGCGUUAUCGCUUUAGUCGUAUGAUGUAUUAUGAAAAAUAUCUUGAUUAGAUUCAACGCAGGAUUAGUGUUGUAUCCUUGGCUAUUCUGCAGGCUGCAUGUAGUCUUAAGACUGACAAACAAUUGAUGUAGUAUGUUGAAACGUAUAAAACAAUCCAACGUUUUCGCAAGAAUGGUUAUUACUGCCAACUCGCGGAAUAUAAUUGAAAUAGACUAUAGGCCUAUAAUACUAUGCCAGAUAGCGUUUUCAGUUUCAAUAAAUUGUUUUAAUGUCUGAUAGAGUGUAACUGGUAUGAAAUUUGUAAAGAUGGUAUUAUCCUAUGUACAUGAAGACAGAAAAGAAAAAGCCAUUGAAUAAAAUUGUCCAAUUAACCGAUACAUACACUGAAAUAGUAGCAGCAACAGUGGAAUUUGGCAAUGUUUUGCCAAAUUGUAAUGUAAUAGAACAAUACUUUGUCACAAAGUAGAAUUGAAUAAUUUACACUUGUUUCUGAAUUAUAGUCAUGUUUUGUUUUC